AGAGUCUGAAUCAUUCUAUUCAUUUACCGGUCAGAAGAAAUUCUAAGGAUUUUUGGCAUCUCUUUUGCCGACACCGUCGGGUUUCUGUGACUUCGGAGGACACAGAAACCAAUAAACAACAUGGUCCAAAAGUACACAUCGCCCGUAAGGGUGUACAAAUAUUCUUUUGAAAUAGUUAUGGCGGCUUACCAGAGGCGUUUUCCAACUUGUAAAAUGAUUCCCAUUUUCCUUGGGAGUGAUAUAUUGUCAGAGUAUGAAAGUGACGACGGAGCUGUGCACAUUGUGGAAAGAAGAUGUCGCCUCAAUGUUGAAGCUCCCUAUCUUCUUAAAAAGAUUGUUGGUGUUGAGUUCAUUUACUUUAUUCAGAAGAAUACCCUUAACAGGAGGGAGAGGACUUUAAAAAUUGAAGCGCAUAACGAGAGUUUCUCGAGUCGUGUCAUCAUCAAUGAACACUGUUUCUAUUCGGUUCAUCCUGACAACCCUGAGUGGACGGUAUUUGAGCAAGACGCAAGUCUGGAUGUCAAGUCCUUUUUGGGUUUUGAAAACAUGGUGGAAAAGAUAUGUAUGAAGAAAUAUGGUGAGAAUAUUAAGAAGGGUAAAGAAAUAAUUCUGUACUAUGUCAACGAACUGAAUAAUGAAGGGGUGACUCAUAUACCGUCCUGGUCGGAAACGCACACCGAGGAAAACCUGCCUAAUGGUAUGGUUAAAGGUAAAAUAGCUUUAAACUCCCCCACACACAGUGCAACUGAAGAACUGACGGAAGACUGUCAAUUGCUGGAUAAUGGUGAGGUCGGGGCAUGUGGAGGUGGUGGAGGCUCAUCAAAAGAUAAUGAAGUUCGCAAUGUUGAUGAAGAUUACAUUCAGCGUUUCCUAGGAGACUUGAACCCAAUGCAAGAAAGCCGACUGGUGCAAUUACGGAAAUGGAUUAGUGAAACCCUUAAAGGAAAGAUGCCCCAUGAUGCCAUAUUGCUGAGAUUUUUACGAGCACGGGAUUUCAACGUGGAGAAAGCUCACGAAAUGCUGGCCCGCUCGUUGUCAUGGCGAAAACAGCACCAAGUGGAUAAGAUAUUGAAGACUUGGUCACCACCGGAUUUGCUGCUACAAUAUUUCUCAGGUGGAUGGCACUACUUGGAUCGAGAUGGUCGUCCUGUAUAUAUAUUGCGCCUCGGUAACAUGGAUGUGAAGGGCUUACUGAAGGCAGUAGGUGAAGAAGGACUUCUGAGACAUGUGCUAUCACUUAUAGAGGAUGGUCUACGUAGAACUGAAGAAGCGACUAAAGCUACUGGAAAGCCAAUCGGCGCUUGGACGUUUAUUGUUGAUCUCGAAGGGCUGAGCAUGAGGCAUUUAUGGAGACCAGGUGUCAAAGCAUUACUCAGGGUUAUCGAAGUGGUAGAAGAUAAUUACCCUGAGACUAUGGCGAGAUUACUGAUCGUCAGAGCACCACGCGUCUUUCCGGUUCUCUGGACACUGAUCUCGCCAUUUAUUGAUGAAAAUACACGCCAGAAGUUCAUGAUUUAUGGUGGUUAUGAUUAUCUUGGGAAAGGUGGCUUAGCAGAUUAUAUUGAUCCGGUGUACAUACCUGACUUCCUGAAUGGAGAAUGCUACUGUUCAAUACCAGAGGGUGGUCUGGUGCCCAAGAUGCUGUACAAAUCAUUGGAGGACCUGUACGAACCUGGCGAGAGGAGGCUGUGUUCGGACAACAUUUAUAAAUCAGCAACUGUUGUCAAAGGGACACCCCAUGAGGUUCUCGUUAACAUUGAAGAGAAGGACCAGGUGAUCACAUGGGACUUUGAUGUAUUACGAGGAGAUCUGGUGUUCUCCCUCCUGCGUUGCAGACGACCAAUCUCACUGCCGAAAGAACCCACAUCGGUCGUAGAAGCUGUAGAGGCUGCCAUUGGUGGUAAUAACAUCAUAUUAGACAAGUCCAUGGUCAGCGGAGUGGACUACAGUAAAGCUGAAUCACCGCUGGUUUGUAAAGCUGGCGAAAGCAUACAGGGUACUCAUGUAGCUAGGAUGGCUGGAUCUUAUAUUUUACAGUGGAAAUACCAUAGUCCACCACAUUCUAUCACGUCUAAGCAACACCAUCAUCAUCACCACAAAGCUAAAGUUAUGUAUUACCAUGAGUUGCUCAAUUCAAGGGAUUUCAGAGGCUCAAUGACAAGUUUACAGUCUUGCCAGAGUGGUUUCUCUUCACUCAGUCUCAGCACGUCAUGCAGCAAUCGUUCACUGAAAUCGCUAAACAGUUCCUGUCCAUCACGGUGACUAGUCCACUACAGUUGUCUAGCCAGCAAUAACCAAACACAAAAUAGUUUUUCCCAGUCACGGUGACAGGGAACGGGUUAAAGCCAGCUAGUCAGCUCGCCUGCCAGUCAGCGGUGAUGACUGGUCACUUGUCUGAGGAGGGUAGAACCACAGUCAGCUGGCACACACGUGAUAAUAAAAUAAAUACGAUAUUUACUAUAUGGGGGCCGC